AUGUCCAGCUUCGGGCCUUUGCGGCGUCCAGCCUGGAAGACCGCGAGGCGGUGGUUGGGAGAUGGGGCGCGAGGUCCUCGCUUCACUGACGUCGAGGGGCAUUUGCAGAAGGCGAAGGAGUUCUUUACGAAGCCUGCGCUCUCUUACCCGGAGUACAAGCAGCAGUGCGAGUCGCUUCGUCUUUUUGCCUUUGGUGGUGUCUGCGGCGGCUGU